GUGUCCACAAGGGGACUUUAGCUCUCUCUCUAGCGGCUUUGAAUAAAAUCCUGAAUAGGAGGAGGUAUUUUUUGCAUCCUUCGCGCUGUCGUCGAAACGUGUCGCCGAGCUGGGGGGAAAUUCGGGAAAGGGGAGCCGCGCUGGAGCACCGCACAGCACCGACACACGACGCGGCACGAACAUGCUCACUCGGGUUAAAUCUGCGGUGGCCAAUUUCAUGGGAGGCGUUGUGGCUGGUGGCGCUGAAGGUGACAAUUCCGGAUCAGAACUGCCGCUGAAAUUCCCAUACACGAGACCCGAGUUCCUAGGACUGACCCAGGAUGAAAUCGAGUGCUCCGCAGAUCACAUAGGGCGGCCGAUUCUCAUCCUCAAAGAGACGAAGAGAUUGCCGUGGGCCACUGGUUACGCUGAGGUGAUCAACGCAGGUAAGAGUUCCCUGAAUGAGGACCAGGCGUGUUGUGAGGUGGUGGUGGUGAGAAAGAGACCAGGAGACUCCACCACCCCCAUUAAGACCCCCACCGCCAAGAGAAGAUCCUCGCUUCCCAACGGAGAAGGCCUGGGGUUGAAGGAGAACAGCGCUGACUCAGAGAGUCUGGUAUUCUACUACUGGGCAUUGUUCGACGGCCACGCCGGCUCCGGGGCUGCAGUAGCAGCCUCCAAGCUCCUCCAACACCACAUCGUCGAGCAUCUCCAGUCUGUCCUCGAGGUCCUAAGGAACCAUGCCGUUUUACCGCCCACCAUCUUCGGUGAGGAGUCUAACCACCACAUGACCCCCGGGAUCCACCGGGCCACCCUGACUCGGGCCGCGUCACUCCGUGGAGCCGCUGGCGCCCCCAGCUCCCCAUGCACCCCUCCACCACAGAGGUUCUUCACAGAGAAGAAGAUCCAGCACGAUAGCCUGGUGAUGGGAGCCAUGGAGAACGCCUUCAAGGAAAUGGAUGCCCAGAUAGAGAGGGAGAAGCAGGUGUAUAACAUCACUGGAGGAUGCACAGCACUGUGUGUUGUUUAUCUGCUUGGAAAGCUAUAUGUGGGAAAUGCAGGAGACAGCAGGGCGAUCAUUAUAAGGGACGGGAAGGUCAUACCCAUGUCCACAGAGUUCACUCCAGAGUCAGAGAGACAACGGCUUCAGUUCCUGGGCUUCAUGCAGCCUCACCUAUUGGGAGGAGAGUUCACCCAUCUGGAGUUCCCCAGGAGAGUACAGAGGAAGGAGGUGGGCAAGAGGAUGCUCUACAGAGACUUCACAAUGAAUGGAUGGGCAUAUAAAACCAUAGAAGAUGAGGACCUGAGGUUCCCACUGGUCUAUGGCGAAGGGAAAAAGGUUGUUUGCAGAGUAAUGGCCACCAUAGGAGUGACCAGAGGUCUUGGUGACCAUGAUCUUAAAGUCCAUGAUUCCAACAUCUACAUCAAGCCUUUCCUGUCCUGCUGUCCAGAGGUGACGGUGUACAACCUAAACCAAUAUGAGCACGGUGCUGACGACGUCCUGGUGAUGGGAACAGAUGGCCUUUGGGACGUCCUCUCCAACAAGGAAGUCAACGAAUCAGUCUCCACCUUCUUGGCCAACUGUGACCCCGACGACUUAUACAGGUACACGAUGGCUGCUCAGGAUCUGGUGAUGAGAGCGCGGGGAGUACUGAAGGACCGAGGCUGGCGGAUCACUAAUGAACGGCUGGGAUCUGGAGACGACAUCUCCUGUUACAUCAUCCCUCUGAUGUACGGAAACCGCCAGCCCUAGAACCACCUACAGGCCAUGAAUGGAGCAGACUCCCUCCUCCACCAGCAGUACUGUACCCCUCUCUUUUUGACUCGCUCUCUCUGUGUCACCCGCCUCUCAGUACUGUACUAUAAGUGAUAAUCCUUCAAGAUGUUACAAUGUUCCCUUCUUCCCUAAACAGGUAUGAGCUUCAGAUUGUGGUAUGUGACCUGAGAUCCCAGUCAUGUGAUGCUGACCUGUGCAGCUUUGUUUCCUGCUUUGCCACAGUGUGGCUUCAGAGGAGUCACAUCCUGAAGUACAGUGUUUCUUUCAGACCUACCAAGGUUGAGUACAGGCAGGUGUUUGUCUGGCAGAAAGUGGUUUUUACUAAAAGUAUGUCGUUUUGUAGUAUGUAGUUUUCUAAAACAUCUCACUCGUUUCAACUGGAAGGGGAGGCUGAACUUAGUGAAGAUCACAUUUUUUGACUUGAUGUAGCCUACGUAAUGAAGAUAGAUUCUGUAUCCCUCACCAUAAUCUGACUGAGCAAGGUGCAAUAGUUUACUAUGGUACUGUUUGUGUAUGACUUGAUCUUGUUUUUUCUCAUUGGUGUAAAAAUGGUCAUAGUCAUUCAAAAAACAAUACGUUAAGAGUUCUAUCUUAUAAUAUAUUCAUAGACCAAGACCCACUUUCUGUUACAAAUCUUAUGAUGUAGCUGUAUAUUUAUUUCUGUUAGAUCAUUAUUUUAGGCUGAUAAUGUUCAAGAUGUUUAUUUGCAUGUAAUGCUGCUUGCUUUGGGAAAUUGAUGGAGAUAUAGUGGUUCAGACUGAACCCAAAGACAAGAGAUGUCUUUGCUGACGGAUGUUUUUGGGUUUCAUAUACUCAAUGGAAUAUUAAGUAUGUUGGCCUACACCAUUGCCACUUCAGUUUGUGCCAUUCUAUGCGUAUUUUACUUUUCAAUAUUGAAAGAGGAUUUAUUUAUACUGAUUGAUGUAUUGUCACACUUGAUCCUUCAAUUCAGUGCCAGUAAUCCACUUAUGUCAUACUGCACCAUUGUUUUAUUAUUUUUAUACAUACCAUGAUAAAACAUAUGAAUUGAUGUAAACAUACUAUAUCAUUUCCUACAUGUUACAUUGUAUAUUUUGGUGACAUUGUCAGCUUUGAUGUAUUGUUGAUGGUGGCUGAAGUUCUGGAUGAAGUUUUCACAGAUGCCGUGCUCGAAGAUGGUUUCCUAACAUGAGAUACUAAGUUCUGGCUCUUGACUCUGCUAUCUACCCAUCAGACAAUGUGCUACAUUUAGGGCUAUUUCCAAUCAGAUCUGCCAUAACCCACGAUAACUGACAACUGCAUAGCAGUUUGUGUUUUUAUUUGGAUUAUUUUUGAGGUGUAACAUCGUUGGAGCUGUCAAAUCAGCAAGUGACUCCCGGCAUUAUACCUAUCGCAGACAUUGCCAUUGGAUGCACCAGUCGCAUUAGUAUAAAUCCCAUGCAGCCUUGUUGUUUCAAGCUCAAACAUUGGAAUGUGUGCUGUAAUCUACACCCCAAUUAGGCUGAAAUCAAUCCUUAUUCAUUUGUUUAAUGAGUUUCAAUUUGAGGGUCACUUUCUAUAUAGCCUACACUUUCCCAUUCUGAACUUCUAAUGCGGGUGGGUUGUGUAGACAGGUGUGGUUUUGUGACAUGAUGACAAGAGCUGCUCCAACGCAGUUACACCUCUGACAUCACCUAAACAAAAGCAAGGAAAUUGCUAUGCAGUUGUCGGUCAUGGCAGGUUUACGCUGAAACUGAUUGAAUAGGCCUGAAAGGUCUUGCACAGUCAAAUUAUGUUUAUGAAAUUUGAUGAUAUUUGGAUGAAACCAGAUCAAAGUAGGAUGACCAAAGUAUGAAAAAUAACUAUUGCUUCUACAUUGAUGAAAGUUUGAUCAUAUAGUUACUGGUCCAUUCUCCCAUUUGGAUUCAGGAGGCGGAUUAUUAAGGGCUUUUUGUGACAUUACAAAAUCCUCUCAUUUUAAUACACCAAUUUAAAUAGGUAUCGCCUUGUAACCAAUAUCGCAGAGGGGAGUGGUUUAGGUAGCUAGUCUAGUGGUGGUACAAUUUGACUGCAACAUGUCUGCAAAUACAAUGAGGUUUCCCCUAUUAAUCUAAGGCAAAUAUACUUCGGUUUGUACUUUCAUCUGUGUCUGGUGUUAGCUAGGAACUGGCUAGCUCGGUCUUCAGCCAGCAUGGAACAAAAGCGGGGGAGGGGUUCCCCAAAACUCAAGUAAUUACAUGUCAAAACGGGAGAUUCAUCUCUAUUAACUAACUAUCGUUAACAAACUAUCGUUAAUAGUCAUGCUAUAUGGACAUUGCCUGACUCCCCGGACAGUUAAAAAAAAGAUACACUCAUCUAGUCCCGGAUCAGACCACCCUUUGCCUCCAGAACAGUUUGAAUUCCUUGGGGCAUGGAUUCCACAUGGUGUCGGAAAUGUUCCACAGGGAUGUUGGUCCAUGCCGACACGACAGCACCACGCAGGUGCAGCAGAUUGGACGUCGGAACGUGUGGUACGUUCAUGCUGUGAACAAGUUUGGUCAGUGACAAUGUACAGAUACGCUGUGACGUUCAAUCGUUGCUCAAUUGGUAUCAAGGAACCUAAUAUGUGCCAGGAAAACAUUCCACACACCAGUACACACCAGUUGACACCAGGCAGGAUAGGUCCAUAGACCCAUUCUGCUUACACCAACUCCUGACUCAACAGGAACUGGGAUUCCUCGGACCAGAGGAUGUUUUUUCACUCCUCACUCCUGUGUUGGUGAUGGCGAGCCCACUGGAGCCACCGCUUCUUGUUUUUAGCUGAUAGGAGUGGAACCUGGUGUAGUCAUCUUCUGUAAUAGCCUAUCCUUGACGAGGAUUGACGAGUUGUGCUUUCCGAGAUGCCGUUCUGCACGCUACUGUUGGACUGCGCUGUCAUUUGUCUGUUUGUGGCCGUCAUGGUAGCUUGUACGAUUCUUGCCAUUCUCCUUUGACCUCUCUCAUCAACAAGCUAUUUUUGCCCACAGGAAUGCUGCUGACUGGAUAUUUUUUGUUUGCUGCAACAUUCUCGGUAAACCCUAGACACUCGUUUGUGAAAAGCUCAGGAGGGCGGCCGUUUCUGUGAUACUGGAUCCGGUGCGCCUGGAACAGAUGAUCAUACCAUGCUCAAAGUUGCAUAGGUCACUUGUUUUGCUCAUUCUAAUGUUCAAUUGAACAGAAACUGAAUGGCUCAAUGCCCGUCUGCCUACUUUAUAUAGCAAGCCAUGUGACUCAGUGUCUGUAGGAGCAUUUUUUGUGAAACCAUGUGCCAUUGCUUUGUGUAUCAGCAAUUUUACUUGAGAUAGUCUCACCUCAACACUGCGUCCAUGUUGCUUGACAUACAGUUGAAGUCAGAAGUUUACAUACACUUAGGUUUGAGUCAUUAAAACUCAUUUUUCGACCACUCCACAAAUUUCUUUUGGCAAGUAGUUUUGGCAAGUCGAUUAGGACAUCUACUUUGUGCGUGACAAGUCAUUUUUCCAACAAUUGUUUACAGACAGAUUAUUUCACUUAUAAUUCAAUGUAUCAUAAUUCCAGUGGGUCAGACGUUUACAUACACUAAGUUGACUGUGCCUUUAACCAGCUUGGAUAAUUCCAGAAAAUUAUGUCAUGGCUUUAGAAGCUUCUUAUAGGCUAAUUGACAUAAUUUGAGUCAAUUGGAGGUGUACUUGUGGAUGUAUUUCAAGAUCUACGUUCAAACUGUGCCUCUUUGCUUGACAUCAUGGGAAAAUCAAAAGAAAUCAGCAAAGACCGGCAAACAUUUUUUUAAAGACCUCCACAAGUCUGGUUCAUCCUUGGGAGCGAUUUCCAAACGCCUGAAGGUACCACGUUCAUCUGUACAAACAAUAGUAUGCAAGUAUAAACACCAUGGGACCACGCAGCUGUCAUACCUGGGGCGGCAGGGUAGCCUAGUGGUUAGAGCGUUGGACUAGUAGCCGGAAGGUUGCAAGUUCAAACCCCUGAGCUGACAAGGUACAAAUCUGUCGUUCUGCCCCUGAACAGGCAGUUAACCCACUGUUCCUAGGCCGUCAUUGAAAAUAAGAAUUUGCUCUUAACUGACUUGCCUGGUUAAAUAAAGGUUAAAGAAAAAAAAGUACCGCUCAGGAAGGAGACGCAUUCUGUCUCCUAGAGAUGAACAUACUUUGGUGCGAAAAGUGCAAAUCAAUCCCAGAACAGCAGCAAAGGACCCUGUGAAGAUACUGGAGGAAACAGGUACAAAAGUAUCUACAUCCACAGUAAAACGAGUCCUAUAUUGAUUGACAUAACCUGAAAGACCACUCAGGAAGAAGCCACUGCUCCAAAACCACCAUAAAAAAAACAGACUACGGUUUGCAACUACACAUGGGGACAAAGAUCGUACUUUUUGGAGAAAUGUCCUCUGGUCUGAUUAAACAAAAAUAGAACUGUUGAGCAUCGUCAUGUUUGGAGGAAAAUGGAGGAUGCUUGCAAGCCAAAAGAACACCAUCCCAACUGUGAAGCUCGGGGGUGGCAGCAUCAUGUUGUGGGGGUGCUUUUCUGCAUGAAGGACUGGUGCACUUCACAAAAUAGAUGGACAAUGAUCCCAAGCAUAUUUGGAAGGCUACCUGAAGCGUUUGACCCAGGUUAAACAAUUUUAAAGGCAAUGCUACCAAAUACUAAUUGAGUGUAUGUAAACUUCUGAACUACUGUGAAUGUGAUGAAAUAAAUAAAAGCUGAAAUAAAUCCUUCUCUCUACUAUUAUUCUGACAUUUCACACUUAAAAUAAAGUGGUGAUCCUAACUAACCUAAGACUAAAUGUCAGGAAUUGUGAAAAAUUGAGUUUAAUGUAAUUGACUAAGGUGUAUGUAAACUUCUGACUUCAACUGUAGGCUUUUUUCAAGAACUGUCAGUAAAGGUGAGCUCCCCACCCAUUCAGCCUAUUAGCUCCCUGCCCACUCAGUGUGUCUUUUCAGGCUUCCUGGCUCUUUGACAUGAGAGAAAAGGGAGUUACUCAGAUAUUGAGCAUUGUUAUUGUGGAAGA